GGGAUCACUCUCUCUUUUACCGCCAUCGGAGCGGAGUCUUUCUUCCCCGGGACCUCUUCACUGCGCAGCGCCGCUUCAUCAGUCCAGUCCUCCGGUCAUAACGCGAAGCAUCAUUGAAGACUCAGCUAAGAUGGCAGACAUCGACAACAAAGACCAAGCUGAGAUGGACCCGGCAGAUAUGGAAGACGUGGAGGAAGUGGAAGAGGAGGAGACGGGAGAAGAUGAAAACAGCAAAGCUCGUCAGCUGACUGUUCAGAUGAUGCAGAACCCACAGAUCCUGGCUGCACUGCAGGAGAGGCUGGACGGUCUGAACGGCUCGCCGUCAGGCUACAUGGAGAGCUUACCAAAGGUUGUGAAGAGACGUGUGAACGCCCUCAAGAACCUGCAGGUCAAAUGUGCCCACAUUGAGGCAAAGUUCUAUGAAGAAGUCCAUGAACUGGAGAGAAAGUACGCGGCCCUCUACCAGCCCCUCUUCGACAAACGAAGCGACAUUGUGAAAGCAGCGUAUGAGCCCACAGAUGAGGAGUGUGAAUGGAAGAUGGAUGAGGAGGAAGAGCUGACAGUAAGUAAGCAGGACGAGAUGAAGGAGAAGGCCAAGUUGGAGGAGGAGAAGAAGGACGAGGAGAAGGAGGACCCCAAAGGCAUCCCGGAGUUUUGGUUAACGGUCUUCAAAAAUGUGGACCUGCUCAGUGACAUGCUGCAGGAACACGAUGAACCCAUCCUAAAACAUUUACAAGACAUUAAAGUGAAGUUCUCGGAUCCAGGGCAGCCCAUGAGCUUCACGUUAGAGUUCCAAUUCGAGGCCAACGACUUCUUCACGAACACGGUGUUGACGAAAACCUACAAGAUGAGGUCGGAGCCAGAUGAGAGCGACCCCUUCUCCUUCGACGGGCCAGAGAUCAUGUGCUGCACAGGUUGCACGAUCGAGUGGACGAAGGGCAAGAACGUCACGUUGAAAACAAUCAAGAAGAAACAGAAGCACAAGGGCCGCGGCACAGUGAGGACAGUCACCAAGACAGUCCCCAACGACUCCUUCUUCAACUUCUUCACCCCGCCAGAGGUUCCAGAAAACGCAGAGUUGGACGAAGACUCGGAGGCGGUCCUGGCUGCAGACUUUGAAAUCGGCCACUUCAUCCGUGAGCGUAUCGUACCUCGGGCCGUGCUCUACUUCACAGGAGAGGCCAUCGAGGAUGACGACGACGACUACGAUGAAGAGGGAGAGGAGGCGGACGAUGAGGAGGGAGAGGAGGAGGCUGAUGAAGAGAACGACCCCGACUACGAUCCCAAGGUUUAAGUGGUGACAGUAGAAAAAUAACCCUAUCCUGAAGGAUGCAGUCCCCCCAGCUGAGUGCAAGCAGCAGUGAGGCCUGGCUGCCUUUUGAGGAACAACUGCACUGUAACGGCUUCUCAAAUUAAAAGUAAAAAAAAAAAAACUGAUCUAAUAAAAAAGAAAUAGUUACUUACCGCCUUAUAAUGUUUUGUAUUUUUCUUGGUAGAGAAUUUGAAGAAGAAAAAAAGUUUCAAGAUUUUUGUUACGAAAACUCAUGGUAUAAUACUGGGAGCUCAGCGUGGCUCGAUAUACAUAGUAUUUUACUAGACCUGUUUUUUUUUUUCCUUCUCUUCCUCCUCUGUACAAUAGAUAGAAUACAGGAAAAAAUAUCUCCCUCGAAAAGCAUGAACUUGUUUCUUCACUGCUAAAACUAGUUUGGGUUCUCGUGAAGUCUUUUGUUGUAUUUGCUCUUAGACAACAGCUGUGGUUUAGACUGCAUCGCGGCAACGUCAAUUUAUCAAACACCCCCCUCACCCUUCCCCCUACCAAAGUUCCAGGUUGGUCAAUUCCGGUUGUCCCAGGGGAAUGUUUUUUUUUUUUUUUUCCAUUCUUAGCGGGGCCGAAGCACUGUAGCAUUUCCAUCUCUAGUGACGGAGGAUAGGUGGGUGUCUAUUCCCGUUUAUCUAAUCUCACUGAGCAUGGGAUCCGGAGUCGCUGAUUUCUAAGCCACUUCCUGUGCCACUCGUGCUCGACUAUUUUCCACUCUCCAUACAUUCCAGUAAGCAGACUGGCCGGCGCCAUCAGUGAACCUCUUUCCAAAGGGGAGUCCAAAAAUUAAGUUCAUUCUGACCUCUUUGUCCCAUCGUAGGUCACUCCCAGGGCAUGGCGCAACCUGUUCGAGUCUCUUAACAUUCCAGAGAAUUCUUAAGAUGAGGAAGAGGCUGAAACGGUUUGGUGGGAUGACCCGGCCCCAAUAACCCAGUGCUUCAGGCUCCCCAUAUGCUCGCAGUGGCGUUGCUGUCUUUUCUAUAGCACUUUGUACUAGUGUGUGGUGUACCGGUGGCGUCCCAUCAUUGGUUAGCUGUCUAAGUACUUCUUGUAAGCAGCACUUUGUUUGACACCCGCCCCCUGCCUAAACGGCCCGCCCUGUGGAGAGUUCAACUCGUGCCGUCUAGUUUUUAUAUGCUUGGCGUUUCUUACCAGGGCAGGCACACUUGGCGUGUUUAGAGAGGCUCCGUAGGAACCGGGUUGGGCAGAUGUAGCGCGAAGGGCAAAAAGGAAAGUCCAAAUCAGGUUUUCAAGUGUCUGUAGACAUGUCGGGUUCACCAAAACCCCCUUUUUUCCUCAUCCGGUUAUCACAUUUACCUCACCAAUUCGUGACCGGUCAGGUGACUCCCUCAGCCCAGCCCCUGAGGUCCUGGUUCAUUUUAAUCACUGUGAAAGAAAGAAGGGGGGUGGGGGGAGAGUGUGAUAUGGCCAUCCUAUUGUCCAAUGACCCACCACCCUACCCCAAACUCCUCGCUUUGUUACCCAGAAGGCCACAGGAAAGUGUCAGAGCAAUACUUAAUAGCCAGGUAGGGGGAUCGAGAAGAAACCGUAGCCCCCACUCCAUUCUCAAUGCCUUUUUAUUUGAGUUGUGAAAACAGCCAAGCGUCGCUGGUUUUGGGCAGCAUUGUGUCCACUGGAGAGCCAGGGUACCUCUCAUUCUGCAGGGAGUAUUCAGAUCAUGUUCAUUGGAAAAAGGGAUGUGAAGGGGUUUCUGUAGGGUCCCUCUGAGCAGCUGUUGUCAAGGCAAAAAUGCUAUGCUACAAAAAUACUAAUGUACUCAAUAACUACGUGUAUGUUCAUGAAUAAAUUGGUUAAACAUGA